AUGGCCAGCAAUGAACAUCAGAAAGAAUCAAAGAAGCAGGAAAUGGUUCAGGUCGAUCAGGCUAAGAGAACCCCCUCACUUUGGAGAAGCCAGCCUUUGUCACAAAAACAAAGUCCUACCAGAAUUUUUGACUCAAAUACUGUAGUUGGAGCAUCCUAUUCUCAUGCCGAUUUACUAAAGAGCAUAUCGCCUCAGUCAACGCCACGAACAACAACUAAAUCCCCAUUUCCAAGAAGGAGCAAUCGUAAUAUCAGCAAUUCUACCACCUCUCUUAAUAGAAACGUACAGUCGCCGCAUCAGGCAUACAGGAAUCUUCUCCCACAAGCAGGGGAAACCUGGACUUCUAGGAAUAAUGAUAAUGAAAGUGAUGAGAAUGAAGAUGAUCUUGCAUAUGAUGACGAUGAAGAUGAAUUCGGGCUCCCAAGUAUUACCAGCAUGCGUAAGCCGACUUGGCGACAACCGCAAAACAACGAGCGCGACCAUUCAGGAAUUGACGUGAAAGGAUCAUCAACUUUGCUUCCCGAUGUUGGUAGCAUGCGUCUUCGCGCUAAUAGCUCGGAUAUUGCUGAAGAACGCGGUAUUUUGGCUUACCCGAAUGCCAAGACAACCGAAGGGAAGAUUUUGCGACCCCAAUACAAGGAGAUAGUAAAUGACCCAGCAAACUCGCUGCAUUUAAUAGACCACUCUCCGCCACCAGCUGGUGCUACUGCAAAAGAAACUGAGGCACAUUCGGCUCGAAUUGGCCGUAUCAAUAAAUUCAAACGAAUUCUUCAAUCCAGCACGGUAUCCCUACCUGAGCUCCGUGAUCUCGCUUGGUCUGGAAUACCCCAGGAAGUCCGGGCAAUGACCUGGAAACUGCUUUUAGGCUAUCUGCCAACCAAUAGUGAACGCAGAAUGGCAACUCUUGAGAGAAAGAGAAAGGAAUAUUUAGACGGGGUCCAGCAGGCAUUCGAACGCAACCAUUUAAUUAGAUCCAGAUCGCCCACGAAAAGCAUUCCUGAGAAUAGUCGCGGUUUGGAUGAGGCGAUAUGGCACCAAAUAAGUAUCGACAUACCGCGCACGAACCCUCAUAUCCCCUUGUACGGCUUUGAAGCUACCCAGCGGUCUUUAGAGCGAAUAUUAUACCUUUGGGCUAUCCGACACCCCGCUAGUGGUUAUGUUCAGGGAAUAAAUGACCUUGUCACACCAUUUUGGCAGGUGUUUCUUGGUUCAUAUGUCACAGAUUUCGAUAUUGAAGAAGGCAUGGACCCUGGACAGCUUCCAAAACAAGUACUCAACGCUGUAGAAGCGGAUUCAUUUUGGUGUUUGACCAAACUUCUGGAUGGUAUCCAAGACAAUUACAUAUACGCUCAACCAGGUAUUCACCGUCAGGUUAACGCCUUGCAUGAUUUAACGAAACGUAUUGAUGCAACACUCGUAAAACACCUAGAAGCAGAGGGCAUUGAGUUUAUGCAAUUCAGUUUUCGAUGGAUGAAUUGUCUAUUGAUGAGGGAGAUCAGCAUCAAAAGUACUAUAAGGAUGUGGGAUACGUACAUGGCGGAGGAGCAAGGGUUUUCCCGAUUUCAUCUUUAUGUAUGCGCUGCAUUUUUGGUAAAAUGGUCAGACCAACUGCUUAGAAUGGAUUUCCAGGUUCGAUUUUUCCGGUUCCUCGGGGUUAGAAUGCAGCUGAUUGUGAUCUUAGGAAAUUAUGAUGUUUCUCCAAGCAUUGCCAACACGAGGAUGGACUGA